AUGGAAGAGAUGGAGAAUGGGAUUGGGCAUCUUGGAAUAAUUACAUCAACUGGAUUGCACAAACAAACCCUCAAUGGCAUGGGAUUUUCACUGAAUUCAUCUGAUACCUCUGCGGAAUCUGCUCUUGAUGCUGCCACAAGUGACGAAGAUGAUAUUGAUGAUUGGUCGUAUUGUCGAACUUGUGAUCAACCAUUUCAAUCUGAGCGAACUUUUGCCAUUCACCUUCGUGGAGUCAAGCAUAUGCAAAAUGCUCUAGAGAAAGCUAGACUUAAGCACCCCGAGCGAUUUCUCGCAGAGACUGAUCGCCAGAAUGCUGCUACGCUAGAUGAACCGAGUCAGGAAGAAAAACAUAUGAGUUGGUUACGGUCCCAGUUUACAUCAGAAAAGAAGCGGGAGCUGGGUUUGUCCGGUUCGUUUGUCUGUGAGCUAUGUCGCAUCGAGUGUCCUUCAGAGAAGGCACUAUCUAUGCACUUAUCAGCUUCAGAUACCUCUGAGUCUUCCUUGUCGGUCUCUGCUGGAGAGAAUGCCCCUGGACCGCCCCCUUGUGACCAUUCGUCAUCCCAACCAUGGUAG